AUGCCUUCGUACCAAGUGGCACUGACCCCGCAAGGGUCCGACUGCCUCUCGGCCGACUCGGUGCCACGCGACGAAGAGCUCUCGCUGAAAGCCUACUGCCGAACGCGCAUCACAUCGUUGAGGCCGCCGAUGAAACAAGUGGCAAACCCGUUGCAAGUGCUGGCGCAGCUCGAUCGCCUGCAGUGGCUCCAGUUCCUCGUCGCGUUCGUCGCGUGGACGUGGGACGCGUUUGACUUUUUCACCGUCACAAUGACCAUCUCGGACCUCGCCGAGACCUUUGACAAGUCCAAGACGGACAUCACGUGGGGCAUUACGCUCGUGCUCAUGCUGCGGUCCGUAGGCGCCGUCACGUUUGGCAUUGCGUCGGACCGAUGGGGGCGCAAGUGGCCCUUUGUGGUCAACAACCUCUUAUUUAUUGUCCUCGAGCUCGCCACGGGCUUCAGCCAGACGUACUCGCAGUUCCUCAUCAUUCGAGCGCUCUUUGGCAUCGCCAUGGGCGGUUUGUAUGGCAACGUGGCGGCCACAGCGCUCGAAGACUGUCCAGUCGCCGCGCGAGGGAUCAUCUCGGGCAUGAUGCAACAGGGGUAUGCCUUUGGGUACCUCCUCGCGGUCGUCUUUGCCCGUGCUCUCGUGAACACAACGAGUCAUGGCUGGCGUCCGCUCUUCUGGUUUGGCGCGUGUCCACCGGUCUUUAUCAUUCUCUUUCGGCUGUGCUUACCAGAGACCAAAGUCUUUCAAGAGCGGCAACGGGUGCGCGAAGCCAGUCGCAACAUGACGACAGCGUUCGUAGCCGAAGGCAAAGUCGCGCUCAAGCGCCACUGGCUGCUCAUUUGUUACAUGAUCCUCCUCAUGGCGGGGUUCAACUUUAUGUCGCACGGAUCGCAGGACCUGUACCCGACCAUGUUGAAGAACCAGUUUGAGUUCACGCCGAAUCAAGUUACAGUCACGCAAGUGGUCGCAAACCUCGGCGCGAUUUGUGGCGGGACGAUCGUCGGCUACUACUCGCAGAUGUUCGGUCGCCGUCUGUCGAUCCUCGUUGUGACAGUCGUUGGCGCGGCGCUCUUGUAUCCGUACUGCUACAUCAGCGACGAGACCGUUAUGAUUGCUGCCUUCUUUAUGCAGUUCUGCGUCCAGGGGGCUUGGGGUGUCAUCCCGAUUCACCUCAUGGAGCUCUCCCCGCCGUCCUAUAGCACGUUUAUCGUCGGCACGGUCUACCAACUCGGUAACUUGGUCUCGUCGGCCUCGUCGACGAUUGAAGCGUCCAUUGGCGAGAACUUCCCGCUGCCGGACGGAGAAGAUGGCGUGCGUCGGUACGAAUAUGGCAAAGUCAUCUGCAUGUUUCUAGGAAUCGUCUACGCCUGUGUCUUUUUGCUCACACUCAUUGGACCGGAAGCCCGUGGCAAGGAGUUUGACGUGAAGAACGACCGCGAUCUGGAAGAAGCUGCUCAUAUCAACCAGGAGGACCUGGACAAGAUCUUGCACGGCGAUACGCUCUCGCCCACUGGAGCAAAGUCGUUGAAAGCCUAA